UUGGCUCUGCUCUUCGCCGUUAGAUGUCUCUCUUGCCUUGAAACGUCGAGGCGAUCUACUUACUACUGUCCAUGUGGUCGCUGGAGAUGCGUUUGCUACUACUAGACGUUUGUUUGAUCGCGCGGAAACUAUGGCUUAUGGAGAGAGAAGAUCAUCGAUCUUGGACUCAUUCUCGCUCUCGCCUCUACCGUAUCCGGUUCUUUUAAUCCUAGCCGUGGCUUCGGUGUUCUUGUUGACGUCAUGGUACUUCAGCUUGGAAGAUGCAGCCGAGUCAGCGGAAGAGCAUAUGAAUCUUGCUCUUCUCUUGAUCCCUCUGUUUCUCAUAGUCUUGGUACGUUGGUUAUCUUCCAUGGAGAACCCUGACGCUAUUCUUGGGAUGUUUUCGAACAGUCAACGCGGGGCUACGACUUACGUGAGUCCCGCUGCCGGAGAUGGCGGUGGAAGCUCGCCGUGGGGAGUGGCGGCAGUUAUAGUUUUGUUGCUAGUUUUGCUUCAGUAUCAGUCAAGUUUCUUGGAGAUGUGGUCUGGUUAAUGUUAUUGAUAUUGAUAGAUAGGCUUCUUCACAUGUUUUGUUGUUGUCGUCUUGUGGUCACUAUGACGUCACUCAAUAUUACUAUUAAAAAAAGGAUAUGAUAAUUUUUCAAAAUGCGUUAAUUUGAAUAAUUAAUUUGUACAUAUAUAUACAUGAAGCAUGAAGUAUGAUGGACUAUGCUGUAGA